AUGGCUACCCCCAGUGUCCUUACUUUUGAUGCUAAGGGCCGUGCCGUUGACUUUGAGGUCUGGGUCGAUGACCUCCUGCUGUUUCUUCAGUGCGAUAGGGCGGACGGCCUCUCCCUGUUUGACCUCACUUCUGGUGCCUCUCCUGCCCCUGCUGCUGAAGCUGACGCCACUGUUCGCUCACAGGACCGAUUCCUCUCAGUUUACCCCACCACUCUCACCGUUGACCUCCUCGAGAAGGCCCUCCUAACGAUAGAGAAGAGCAUAGUCGCUGUAGGAGCCUCUCGUGGUGACCCCCGCACCCCCGUCUUUGAGGGUUGUUCUCCCUCCGCCCUCUUGCCCUCUGUUGCCUCUACUGCUGCGGCCGACCUCGUUGGUUUCGAGUUGGUCGGCGCUUCGUCUGCCCAGAGCGGGAGACGCCGCACCGGCAAGGGCAAGGGGGGCAAGGGCGCUGGAGGGGCUGGAGGGGCCGGUGGAGGUGGUGGUGGAGGCAAUGGAGGGAGUGGGGGUGGUGGUGGGAGUGGUGCCGGGGGUGGCGGCGGCGGCGGCAGCAAUGGAGGCGGCGGAGGCGGUGCAGGUGGUGGAGGGAGCGGAGGGAGCGGAGGUAGUGGAGGAGGCGGAGGUGGAGAAGGCGGCGGAGGCGCCGGCGGCGGCGGAGGCGGCGGUGGUGGAGCGGGUCGCGACUCUGCGCAGAGGAGUGGUGCCGGUGGUGGUCAGCGCCAGCAGCAGCGGAGUGGUGUGACCCUGUCCCGUCAGCAGCUUCGUGAGUGGUACACUGCGCAUCAGCGCGGUGGGGGUUUUGGUCCCUGCGCUUACGUCCUUCGUACCGGCGACCGAGCUGGUGAGCAGUGCGGAGGCCCGCACUCCACCCAGCGGUGCUUCGGUCGCCUGACGGACGCGUGGCGUCGCCAGUUCCCUGAGGCAUCAGAGAUCCCUUGCUGGGGAGAUCUGUCUAAGGCCGGGGUUGCUAUCUUUGAUCUUAACUUUGAUGCUAUUCUUGCUGCCAUGUAUGCUGUCGAUACUAGUGUUGCUGGUGACUGUUACCUGUGUGUACCACUUGACCCGGUCAUUGAGGCUACGACACUAGGUACUGGUGAGGCUGCUGCUCUAGGUGCUUGUGUGUCCGCUGCCCCAGGUGCCAGUGCGUCUGCCGCCCCAAGUGCUGGUGAGUCUGCUCUCUCACGUACUACUCGGCCGGUUGCAGUCUCCCUGGCAGACCCCUCUGGGGGUCCUGUCCUUGCUAGCUUCUCCACCCUCCUACCGUGCCCGGCAGCUCCCUUUGGCACCCUGUCUGGUCUCUACCUCCCCUCGUUCUCUACGAACUUGGUGAGUGGAGCGGACCUACAGGAUAGAGGGGUUGACCAGUUCACUCCUGCGAGUCAGCGAGUGACCCACUGCACGUGUGCUCGGACAGGCCGACACUUGGCCACGUUCACCCGUCGGCCGGGGUCGAGCCUGUACACCCUUACUACUGAGUCUCCUCUUGUUGCUGAGUCUGCCCAGGUAGCUGCAUCGAGUCAGGUGUUUGCUGCGGCGUCCAGGUCUGGUCCUGAGUCUGCCCCCUGCUCGUGUCGUCUGCAGUCCCACCAGACUCUCCUUUGGCACCACCGCCUUGGUCACCCCUCCAUGCCUCGUCUCCAAGGCAUGGCCUCCCAUGUCCUUGUCUCUGGUCUCCCACGGUCUCUCCCUCCCCUUCCUCCAGGGCCUGGCCCUACCUGCGUUCCCUGCGUCGAGGGGCGACAGCGCGCCGCCCCUCACUCCUCCGAGUUUCCUGCGACAGAGGCUCCGCAGCAGACUCUCCACAUGGACGUGUGGGGCCCAACCCGCGUCACUGGGCAGGGGCGAGAGCGGUAUUUCCUGCUGGUGGUUGACGACUACUCGCGAUACACCACAGUCUUCCCCUUUCGCAGCAAGGGUGACGUCAUUGAGGUGUUGAUCGACUGGAUCCGAACAGCUCGUCUCAAGCUCAGAGAGAGUUUCAGCUUGGACUUUCCUGUUCUGCGUCUGCACUCUGACAGAGGCGAGGAGUUUUCCUCUGCCCGUCUGGGAGCCUUCUGUCGUGCACAGGGCAUCCGCCAGACCUUCACGCUUCUGGCCUCUCCACAGCAAAAUGGGAUUGCUGAGCGCCGCAUUGGCAUGGUCAUGGACGUCGCUUGUACGUCCAUGAUGCAUGCGGCUGCCCCUUAUUUUCUGUGGCCGUUUGCAAUUCAGUACGCCGCGCAUCAGCUCAACCUUCAGCCCCGGGUCUCCUUGCCUGAGACCUCCCCCGACUUGUGGUGGACAGGAAAGGUUGGCGAUGCGUCUGCGUUUCGGUUUUACCACCCCACCUCGCGCCAUGUUCUGUCCUCCCAGGACGUCACCUUUGACGAGUCGGUGCCUUACUACCGUCUCUUCCCCUACCACACUGCGCCCCUCCCCCCGCCGCCGCUCUUCCUUGCGCCAGGUCCUCCCCCGGUAGACCCCCUCCCCCCUCAGGGUCCUGCCCCGUCAGGUGUGUCCCAGGUAGACGUAGUCGAGCCUGUCGAGGUAGCUGUUGACUCUGGUGCUACUAGAGGUGCUGCGCCUGCGGGUGCCGGGUUUGGGGGUGCUGAGUCUGGGGGUGCUGAGCCUGAAGGUGCUGAGCCUGGGGGUGCUGGGUCUGGGGGUGCUGAGCCUGGAGGUGCUGAGCCUGGGGGUGCGGAGUCUCGGGGUGCUGGGUCUGCUCGUGUGGCCGCUGGUAAUUCUUCGUCAAGGCGGAAGCCGCUCUCUCCACAAGAGCUGCGCGAGUGGUUUGCCCGUCGCUGGAGACAUGCUGCUGACACUGGGGGUGCUGCUGGAGCUACUAGAGUUGGUCCUACUGGAGCUGCUGGCGGUGCUGGUGCUACUGGAGGUGGAGCUGCUGGGGGUGUUGGCGAUGGUGUUUCUACUGGUGCUGGUACGUCUGGGGGUGCUGCUGAGGCUGUAGGUGCUGAGGGUCCUACUGGAGCUGGUGCUGCUGGAGCUGGAGCUGCUGGGGGUGUUGGCUCUGGCGGUGCUACUUGCGCUGGUGCUUCUGAGGGUACUGGAGCUGGCGCUGCUGGAGCUGGAGGUGCUGCUGGCACUGGUUCUGCUGCUGCUGGUACUGGUGCUGUCCUUGCUGGUUCCGGAGGCGCUGCGCGGCCGAGGCCGUACUUCGUUCCGCUCCUGGAGCAGCCCGCCUCCCUCCUACCUGCUCCUUCUCUCUACACUGGUCCUACUGGAGGUCUUGCUGAGCGUCGUGAGCCUGCGUCUCGUCCUGCAUUGCCUGUUUGUGCUGCUCGCACUAGUGGUCGUACUGGGCGUCCGCGUCCUCCUGCGGUCCCAGGCACACACAAGAUGGCGCUGCGUCCUUCCACUGCUCCUCUGCGUGUCCCAUUGCUGUCUCCUCCAGAGUCCUCUCUUCCUACUCUUGCUGACCCGGAGUCUGACUCUCUUCGUGCUGCUAGUCCUUCUGUCACGCGUCUCAUGGCUACUGUUGUCAUUAACUCUUCCUUUGAGUCCACUGCUGCGUCUGCCCUAGUUGCUGAGCUUGUCGACUUCGCUGCCCGCUGUUGUCUAGACUACGCUGCUAGUCUAGUUGCUCAGUCUGAGUCUGUCUGUCCUCCGUCCGUCGGGGGUGAGUGUGCUCUUAGCACGGACGUCCUUGAGGACAAGCAGGAGGAGUUCCAGUGCUUUGCUGCUGCUUUGCCUCGUCUCGUGUCCGCGCUGAUUGCCCCUGAGGAAGACCCGGAUGCACCAGACAUCCCGACUCCUCGAUCGUACGCUGAGACGAUCGAGGGUCCCUACUCCUCUCAGUGGAAGUCGGCCAUGGACGCAGAGAUGGCUUCCUGGAAGUCCACAGGCACCUACGUCGACGAGGUUCCCCCACCUAGGGCGAACAUCGUCAGUGGCAUGUGGAUUUUCAGGGUGAAGCGGCCGCCGGGUUCUCCACCUGUCUUCAAGGCGCGUUACGUCGCUCGAGGCUUCAGUCAGCGGCAGGGAGUUGACUACUUUCAGACCUUCUCUCCCACCGCGAAGAUGACCACUCUUCGGGUGCUGAUGCACAUAGCCGCUCAGCGCGACUACGAGCUUCACUCUCUUGACUUCCGCCUAGCUUUCCUACAGGGCAGCCUGCACAAGGAGAUCUGGCUGCGCCACCCUCCUGGCUUCACUGGGUCGUUUCCUCUUGGAACCCAGUGGAGCCUCCGCCGGCCAGUCUACGGUCUCCGCCAGGCGCCCCGUGAGUGGCACGACACACUAAGGACUACACUUGCGGCUCUUGGGUUUGCUCCUUCUACAGCCGGCCCGUCGCUGUUUGUGCGCACCGACACCUCUCUGCCGCCGUUCUACAUCCUCGUGUACGUCGACGACUUGGUCUUUGCCACAGCUGACAUUGUUGGACUCGCCCACGUGAAGUCCGAGCUGCAGAAGAGACACACGUGCACUGACCUAGGUGAACUGCGCUGCUACCUUAGCGUGCAGAUCACCUCGGACAGAGCACAGUGCACCAUUACCCUGACUCAGUCACACAUGGUGCAGCAGGUCCUUCAGCGCUUCGACUUCACGUACUCCUCGCCUCAGGCCACUCCUCUGUCUACUCGCCACUCGCUCUCAGCUCUGCCUUCGGAUGAGUCCGUAGAGCCGAGUGGCCCGUACCUAGAGCUUGUGGGCUGCCUCAUGUACCUGAUGACCUACACACGACCUGACCUUGCAUACCCUCUUAGCAUCUUGGCACGCUAUGUUGCUCCUGGGAGACACAGACCAGAGCACAUGGCUGCAGCGAAGAGGGUGUUGCGCUACGUGUGCAGUACGUCGGGCAUGGGACUAGUGCUUGGAGGGCGAUUUCGAGUAGUCCUCACAGGUCACGCAGAUGCUUCUUGGGCUGACGACCAGGCUCUGCAGCGGUCGUCACAGGGUUACACCUUCAGCCUUGGCUUCGGCUCUGUUUCGUGGCGGUCUACCCGCUCGUCUUCUGUUCUCAGCUCCAGCUGUGAGGCUGAGAUCUACGCAGGGGCCAUGGCUGCACAGGAGCUACGCUGGCUCACCUACCUGCUGACUGACCUAGGAGAGCCGCCUCGUUCUCCUCCAGUUCUGUACGUAGACAACAAGGCCAUGCUGGCCUUGUGUCGGGAGCACAGACUGGAGCACAGAACGAUGCACAUUGUUCUUCGCUACUUUCUGGCUCGUGAGCUGCAGCAGCGUGGUCAGCUCCGCCUCACCUACGUGGCCUCUGAGGCCAACACCGCUGAUAUAUUCACCAAGGCCCUUCCGCCUUGUGAUCAUCUGCGCUUCUGUACUUUGCUAGGUCUUGUGCCUACCUGGCCUCACUUGCUCACUUCUUGA